CUGAAUGAGAUUGCUCAUGUAAGGCAAAUGAGCUGUUUAACUAUCGGAUGCUGACCUCUUUUGUAUAGCAAUGUGUUUUGUGGCAGUGAAAGUGUGUCACCCUGCAACAGCUUGGGCACACUGUUGGAGGCCAGGACAAUUGGGGCAGACAAUUAAAACUGGGCAAAGCCAGAGGACAGAAACCCAUUGGAAAGGAUCUGACAUGGUUAAAUUGUGUGUGUCCAUUUCAGAUGUUGGUCUUAGGCUUGAGUCUGCACAGAAAGAAUCACACCGGACUUUUCAAAGUAAAAGAACUGAGGUGUUAAAUAUGGCUACUUUAAAGCGGAAACCAAGAGCCAGAACAGGUUCAGCUCGGGAAGAUCGGGGAUCCUGCUCUUCAACUGCAUCUUGUCCAGGCUUCUCUGGACCCUACAGUGACCAAGAGGAAGAGCACUCUCUGCGCAGGCAGUCCUCCCCAGUACUUAACGGGUCUCUCUCGAGUCUUUGUAACUCCAUCAGCCCAAGUUCAAAAGGCUCCCUCUCAAGCUUCCAAGGAUCUGUUCCAUGUCUGCAAAGUUCUUUGCCAAAUCUUCAAGGAUCUUUGCCAAGCUUCCAGAGUUCAGUAGUCAACCUUCGGAGAUCAAUUUCUCAGCUAAAGAGGCGGUCGCCAGGCAAUCUGGAGAACUCUAGCCCAAACGAGAUGUCUACAAGUCUCCAAAGCUGCCAUGGCAGUUCGAGUGAUGAUGAUGGCAGCUGGGAUACAAAUAGCUGGAGCUCAGGGGUCACCUGCCUUUUACGAAUGCCAAUCAAUGAAGAUAGUAGCCAGGUUUCAAGGGAAUCAGAUAGUUGCACUUGCACUGGUGACCAGGCGACCUCUAAUGCCAAACCAGAGGAUGAAAUAAUUUACCAGAAUAUCGUCUUUUCACAUGCUACCGGUAAAGGUGAAGCUGAAUAUAAAACAGAGUGUUCUCCAAAGGUCUGCACUGUUCAACAAAGAGACACAGAAAGCCAAGGGAUUUCUCAUGUGUGCCGAACUGAGAAUGCUUCUACAGAUUCACUCCAUCAGCAGGAUAAAAAGGUAGAGGACAGACAGAAGUUCUCCAAGUUUUUGAAUGAGGUGACCUGCCGGGUGCUGAAAACUAACAGUGAGUCUGCUUUACAAUCUUCCAACCUUCACUAUAAUGAGAAAUCUCUUCUACCAACAAGACUAGCUUGGUUACCACUUUAUCCUGAUCCAAUGAAUCCUCUACCAUUAUCUACAUCAGCCACAAACUUGUGGUACAGCCCUACCAGCUCUAACCUUCAGACAAUCAGGGAAUGCAAUUCCAAGGAUCUAAAGAACUCUAUCCACCAGUGGAGCAAGACAGUACCCAGCUGCAAGAUCUUGGACUCUGAAGAGGCAUUGAGGAAAUUAAAGAGUGCGAGUCACUCCAACCCAGAUCACCACGUAAAGUUAUGUACAAAGAUCCAGACGCAGCCAACUACAGGGAGGUUUUAUCUCGAGACAGAUAUUGACAGAGUAAGGAGGCUUGAUGAACUGGUCGCUAAUGGCACCCUUGGGAGGGGGAGUUUGGAGAGAGAAAAAAAGAGAGGAAAACAUAUUCCAUGGGAGAGAAAUGGAGGCUUGGUAACGGAGAAAGGAAGAAAGGACAGAGAGAAAAGAAAAGAUUUCUCAUGGGAGAGAGACAGAGGAGAAAAAGUCAGACAAAAUGGUGCAAAAACAGAAAAGACUUGGGAGCAAAACAAAAGGGCUGAAAGAGGGAGAGAAAAGGAGAAGAAAGUGGAAUUUCCAAGUAACGAACCACGUCCAUGCCAUGUGGCUGAGAGUGGAUGGGAUAAACCCUGUCCUGUUUUCAGCUGGCCAGAAGGAUUUCCUAGAGUCUCCUACAGAUCUACAUCACUGCCUAGACCUGUGAAUGUCACUGAAUCUGAUGGAGAGAUGCGGCACGACACAAGCUCUUUCCACGACCACAAGGAUGACCUCCGUAAGCGUCUGUCAUACACCACCCACAAACUAGAGAUGGUAGAAACAGAGUUCGACUCCACUCGGCAGUACCUGGAAACAGAGCUGCGGCGGGCCCAGGAGGAGCUGGAGAAAUUUACAGAGAAGCUGCGCAGGAUUCAAAGUGGUUACUCAGCUCUUCAGAGGAUCAACCAAGACCUAGAAGACAAGAUAUGCAGGACGUCUCAGCACCACGAAGACGAAAAGAGAGCACUCAGCCGGGAAAUCAUUGUUCUCAACAACCACCUCAUGGAGGCAAAGAUCACCAUCAACAAACUCAGAGAGGACAAUGACUUGUACAGGAAAGACUGCAAUCUGGCCGCCCACCUGCUGCACUGCUCCAAGUCACACUACAGAGCACACAAGUUGUCUGAG